GCCUCUCAGACCCUCUCACUGUAAUCUUCUGGUCAUGUCUAUCUGAUUUCGGAUCAAUUGAAAGUUCAUUUUGAACUAAAAUGUCGAGUUUUAUAUCAUUGUUCAACACUACAAGGCUUACAGCAACCAUGAAUCCUCGCGACAGACCAUCAGAUCCUCUUUCACAACUCCGCUACGUUCUCGAAACAAUGCCAAGUUCACGAAAGUAUAUUUUCUCUCCCGCAACCCGUGCAGAGGUUCUAUCAGAGCUUUACAAUGCAUUUUGGGGACCGUAUUCGCAUCUCUUCCUCCCAUUAUCCAAUUCCAGUCUCCCCAUGCACGCUACUCUUAGUAGCGUUCAAGUAGAUCUGGGCUUUGCUGGUGCAGGUUCAGAGGAUCCCAUCGUUCCUGGAAGGCCGUGCGGCCAUAUCUUUAGCAAGGGAGAGAGUUGUUUUCGUUGCAAAGACUGCGCUCUCGAUGAUAGCUGUGUUCUCUGUAGCCGCUGUUUUCAUUCCAGUGAUCAUUCAGAUCAUAACGUCAGCUUCUUUGUCGCUCAACAAGCUGGGGGCUGUUGCGAUUGCGGAGACAUCGAGGCCUGGCGUAAACCUAUCUCAUGUCCUUUCCACCCACUUUCUCCCCAUGUCCAAGCGCAGAUUGAACAGUCCUUGAGUGCAGCUGAUGCCACUCCUCGAACCAUACAGCGUUCUAUAUCUGAGGAGAUUCCAUACGUCGAGAAUUACCCAUACAGAGUCGCUAUCCCGCCCGACCUACAUGAUCUCAUGAGUCGCACUAUUGCAUAUGCACUCGACUUUAUUCUUGACACCCUGGACUACUCCCCGGAUGAAGCGACAGUGCCUUCGAAUGAGGCUGACCUACGAUUGCAGCCCUCAGCAGAUCCUAUGCAAAAGGACCAAUACGCUAUCAUCAUCUGGAACGACGACAAGCACUCAUUUGAUGAGGUCAUCAAGCUUAUAUCAGAGACCACUGGCCAUGAUAGGAAGACAGCAAGCAUCAUGGCGCGCUCUAUUGACGAUGUGGGCCGAGAAAUAAUCGACAUCAACGGUGACGUACCCCGACUCCUCGAAGCAGCGCAUUUGAUGACAAAAAUUGAACUCGGUGUCACAAUCCGUCGUGCAUACGAUACUUUUCGCGAGCAGGUUGCUUGUGUCAUUAUUGAGUGGCUGCUCGAUCUCACUCGAAGCCGGCUGGGGUCGGAUACACUAAUAAUCAAAGAAAUCAUUGCAGCCGAGCUUCUGUCGCCGAGACGACGGGAGAGCACGUUCUUCACUUCUAAUCCGCAAAUCCCAAACCUCGCUGCGGAUCUGGCGCGUCCAUGCCGUAUUGAUUGGUUAUUCGUCUAUCAUACUCGACUAUGGAAGAAGCCCCGGAUACAUUUGAAAGCAAUUUAUGCGUCAAUCUUGAUACUUUCACAUCCCCAUAAGAUUGCCAUCGCGUCCCACUUUGCCAGCACCUACCACCGUGUCGCUGACGCUUAUCUUCUGGUUGACCGUGAAGCAGAAACAUCCAUAAAGUAUUUCGCCCUCCAACUUUUCACUGCACCAUCCGUUGCCCUGCACAUCGUUUCUCAACAUGAUCUCAUGACACGUCUGCUCGACAUCAUCGUCAACUUUUUCACCAACCACAUUGCGGACAAACACAUCCUCACUACGUCUCCUGCUCAACAAGACAUAGACGUUGACAGCCCCCCAUUCAGAAGCAAACGCUUUAUGCCCGUCUUUAGUGAUCUCCGCUAUCUCUGUCAUAACCGGCCUGUCCAACAGCUCAUCGCGCGUCACCCAGCCUUCAUACGCAAAUUUGUCAAGGUAUGCCAGGUCUUCAUGUGUAUCAACCCAAACAAGCGCGUCGCCUCGAAUCAUGUCGAGUAUGAGACGGAUGUGUGGAUCAGUGUGUUCAAUGUAACACUUUCGCUUUCCCGCGUCAUCAAGGUCUACGGUGAAGCCUUCGCAUUUGCGAACCCAACACAGCUUGUAGGAGCAAUCACAACUGUUGUGCGGGAGAUCCUCGCCGUGUGUACUCUCUCAACAGAUAGGCUCGACAAGGAAAAAUUUUCAAAGCCUAUGCUGCACGAGGUCGAGUUUGGUGAUGCACAGUAUCAGAUCGUCGAUUUCAACGUGUUGGAAGGAUGGGUCAGCUUCCAUCACUCCCUUCACUGGCUCCUUGCAGAUCUGUUGAAGCACGUGGAUAUUUUGUCAGAGGAGUCAUUGAAGCAGAUUGGGGUGUCUGGCGUUCGGGACUUGUUUUUGCGCCCCUUCAAUGAGGGUGCCAUUCUCACAUUAAUCGAUUUCCCUUUGCGAGUGCUCGCUAUGAUUGCCCAGAUCAGGGCGGGAUUAUGGGUCCGCAACGGCUUUCCUAUUCGCGGUCAGCUUCUGCACUACCGUGAUUUCAUGCUUCGUGAGCUCUGCUACGACCAAGACCUGUUCAUCCUCCAGUCAUCUCUCAUCAUCCUUGAUCCCAAUAUCAUCAUUGUCUCCAUCCUCGACCGUUUCGGCCUCCUCUCGUUCUUCCGCGGUGAAGUCGAGAAGUCUCCUUAUGAAGGUGCCCAUCUUCUUAGCAUGGUCGAGGAGCUUUUAUACGUCCUUAUAACUAUUCUCGGCGAGAGAGCCAGUGCCACGAAGCUCCCAUUCCAGCGUGCCAUCCGUCGCGAGAUUGUGCACGCACUCGCGGCGGGGCCAAGUUCAUUCACUGAUCUUGCCAAGCGCGUCUCUGAGAGGAUGGUGGAUGACGUAUCUUUCGAACGCGUCCUCAAGGAUGUAUCUCACUUCCGUGCGCCUGAGUCGACAUCUGACACCGGCGUGUAUGAGCUCAAGGACGAGGCCUAUGAUGAGGUGGAUCCAUUUACCUUCCACUACACGCGGAACAAGCGCGAGGAAGUGGAGGUCAUACUCAAGAACAGGCUUCGGAAGAAGACAGGUGUGAAAGACCCAGUCAUCGUCCCGAAGCCGUUGGCCAUUACAUCCGGCCCGUUUUCAAUACUCCCGUCCGUCCUGGAGUCUGAAGCCCUUCUUCAGGUCAUGUUUUAUGCCAUACACAACGUGAUUUCGCUCACUAACACUGCGGGGACGGCCCCACCCUCUGCUGAAGCUAUCCUCGAUCAAACAUUCCAGCUCAUCAUGCUAGCGCUCGUGGAACGACCUUCUGUUUUCAGGAACAACGAUGAAAAAUACAAACCCUACAAGAGCCGCAUUGAGUGGGUCCUGACAGAGAUUUCCAAGCAUGUUCCGGAAGGCGUGCAGCCUCCUCGCAAAGUCCUGAGCCCCGCUGCGCCUGCACCUGAUGUUGAAGGUGUCAAGAAGCGCGCAGCUAAGGCACGCCAAGAGGCCAUCAUGGCAGAGAUGAAAGCUCAACAAGAGAGUUUUUCGCUCAAUUUCGAGGAGGAAGAAGAGGAAAAUGAUCAGGAUAUGGAUGAGACGUCUGACGAACUUCCCUCGUAUGGCACCUGCAUUGUGUGCCAGGAAGAUCUCAAUGAGGCCAAAGCGUUUGGCUCUCUGGGGCUUAUACAGCCCAGCAGGUUGCUCAGAAAACACCCAGACAGCCAUAGUCAAUAUCUCAACGAACUUAUGACAAUGCCUCAGUCGCUCGAUCGAGCGACUCGCCCAACUUUGAUGGCUUUCCCUGCACAGUACACUCGUUUCGGGCUCCACGCAUCUGUGUGUGGUCACAUGAUGCACCUAGACUGUUUCCAAGUCUACAAUGCCUCCAUUCGCCAGCGACACCGCUCACACGCGACAAGAAACCAUCCUGAAACAAUUCAGCGCAAGGAGUACAUCUGCCCGCUUUGUAAGAGCUUGGGAAAUGUCCUUCUCCCUGUUGUUCACCCCAACAAUGCUCCUGCAAGCCGCACCCCCUUCCCAGACUGGAUUCGAGCCGCGGGGAUAAGCGUCUUGAAGUCAAAACCAGACAGCGUCAUGCCAGAAGCAGUAGCUUCGACAAAGAUGCUCGACACCCUCAUGUUAUCAUCAAGACUGGUCUCGCAACAAACACGCCAUCUUCGCGCGGGAAUGUAUCUUCCCGAAGACCUUGUCGGAUACACAAUUUCCGCUAUCGAGGUUGCUGCUCGUGGAACUGACUCCUCGGGAGGUAUUGUGGCGGAUUCGCUGUCAUUGUCGGAUACGCAAAGACUAUCCGCUCUUGAAUUGGACGGUCGGCCAGAUGGUGGCCGGGAAUCAGUCAAGCAAGCCAUAAUCAAACGCUUGCUCCCAGAGUGGAGCCGAACAUCACUGACCUCCUUCUCGUACCCCUUACUCUUACGCGACCCAUUCACCGUGCUCAUCGAGACCGCCGCAGUGGCUCCUGAGAUGUUGCAGCAUGUCUUGAUAUUGUGCUACUACGCCUGCUUGGCUCGCACAGUCAUCGGCAUGGUGUAUGUUCUCAACAAGGCUAGGACGUACAGCGCUUUCCAGCAGCCUGCUGCUCGAGCCCAUGCUGAUAUCUUCGGCGAUGUCCGUAUGUUCUUUAUGUCGGUGGUGCGACAUUCACCCGUCUUUGAGCACACUGCUACGCUAGUUUUUGAUGCAUUUGGUGAAGCUCGCAUCGAGAAGAUGCUUUAUGCGUUUACUCUUCCAUUCCUCAGACGGGCAGCAAUCUUGUGUCUACAAGCGUCUACUCGCUACCCUUGGCAUUCCUCCUUUGUCAGACCUCCCAACCAAGAUACGCUUCAAAACGCACUCUCCGGAUGGUGCGCCCACUAUGGCCACUCACAUGCUGCCUCGCAACUCAACUGUGGUGUCGUACUUGACUACGCGGCUGUAUACGGGAUCGCUCGUCUGCCACUCAUCCUUGAUAACCUUUUUGGUGAGCGAGACAAUGGUGAUGAAAUGCCACCGAUGCAACACCGUCCGACGGAUGCUGCAAUCUAUGCGGUGGUGCUAUUGGUGUUAUUUCGUGUGAAACGAUGCUCUCUACUUUAUUUGUACGCCAGCAACGGGACAUUUGCACAGUCUCCUUACCUUGAUGUUCAUGGUGAAGUUGAUGUCUCAAUGAGACGCGGUCGUCGUCAAUACAUACACCCAGCUAGAUGGGAAGAAGCAGCAGAACGUGGCUCAACCACGGCAUUCCAACUGCUGUUGCUCGUAAACUCGAGAGCACGGUCGACAGUGGAGGAUGGGAAACACUUUGAUUUUUUAAAGAACGCUAUCUCGUGAUUUUAGCAAGUUAUGCAUACUACUCACAGAUCAUGUAUACAACGGGUGCAAAUGGACAAUUAGAGAUUCGAUGAUGUUUACUUUAUUUCGAAACGCUCGUUUGCAGGAGCGCCAAUUUCAGCCUUCCUGCUGUCCGUUCGGUGCCAAGUACAUCGAUAAUCUCAGGGAGGCUGGGCCCCGCUUUCAUCCCAGAUAGCGCGUGCCUCAAAGCAGUCAUAAAGACUUUUGACUUCAGGCCUGUUUUCUCGCACCCAUCGUGCAAGAAAACUGCAAUGUCCGAUUGAGUCGAUGGCGAUGAAGACUCGAGUUGCAGAAUAACUCGUCGUAGCACAUGGUCUACAAUGAUGUAAAGCGAUCAGUAAUGCUGAUUACUGACAGUGUGCGACUUGCCGUAGUCGUCAGCUGAUAUUCCUCGCUUCAUGGA